UGGGAGGGUCGGGGUGAUGACAGCGUGAAAGGGACCAGGAUUCAGUGUUCAGUGUCCUCCUGAUUUGGGGCGAGAAGCAGCCACUCCCCUGCUGUGUGACUUCAGGCAAAAGGUGUCUUCUCUGGGUCUCCCCCUCCCCUUGGGUAUAGUGAGGAGGGGGAGUCUUUUCUGUGCGACCCCAGCCAGCGGGGAGAUGCUGUGGAAGCGAGGGCCCAGUGACUGCUGCAGGCAUGACCCCUCCUGGACAGACUCAGCUGUUCUCAUAACCUCCCCCAUGCUCACUGACACCUGCCCUUGGUGCCACCAAAACCCCGAGAGCAGGUAUUGUUCUUACAGAUGAGGAAGUGGAGACCAGAGAGGUGGGGUAGCUUGCUCAAGGUCACACAGCCUGGAAAGGAGAUGGGGCUCAAACCGGAGCUUGACUUUUAAUCUAGUGCCUUUCCUUGCUUCCCAUGCCCGACCUGGGGCCAAGCAUCAUGACAGAACCCCUGCUCCUCCUUCCCCCUCCUCCUGGCUUCUGUGUACCAGCCCUGCCAUGCAGAAGCCAGGAGGCAGAUGAAAAGGAGGAAGAAUUGGAGACAGGGCCAGAAGGUUUUUCUCUCAAUGGUACUCAGCUGGACAAGCCAGAUGCCGGACGGUGUCAGAGACUGCACCCAUCCACACCUCGUGGGUGCCUGCUCCCUGCCAGGCCCCGUGCUGGCGACAUCAGCACCCAGAGCUGCCUCGGCCUGGUUCCUGCCUGUGGAGCUCCCUGUCUGGUCUCUGCCCAGAGGGCACCUUCUGCAAACAUGUCUGUGGACCCCUUAUCCAGCAAAGCCCUGAAGAUCAAGCGCGAGCUGAGCGAGAACACGCCGCACCUGUCGGACGAGGCGCUGAUGGGGCUGUCGGUGCGCGAGCUGAACCGGCACCUGCGCGGGCUCUCCGCCGAGGAGGUGACGCGGCUCAAGCAGCGGCGCCGCACGCUCAAGAACCGCGGCUACGCCGCCAGCUGCCGCGUGAAGCGCGUGUGCCAGAAGGAGGAGCUGCAGAAGCAGAAGUCGGAGCUGGAGCGCGAGGUGGACAAGCUGGCGCGCGAGAACGCGGCCAUGCGCCUGGAGCUCGACGCGCUGCGCGGCAAGUGCGAGGCGCUGCAGGGCUUCGCGCGCUCCGUCGCCGCCUCCCGCGGGCCCUCGGCGCUCGUGGCGCCCGCCAGCGUCAUCACCAUCGUCAAGUCGGCUCGGAGCCCGGCCCCCGGCCCCGCCCCGGGUCCCGCGCCCGCCCCCGCGCCCGCCCCCUGCUCCUAGUGCCCGCUGCGCCCCCCCCGACCACGCCCCGUUCCCCAAACCGCGCCCCUCCGGCCCCUCCGACCCCGGCUCCCUUCCCCAAGUGCCUCAGCACGACCUCUGUCCCAGCUGCCCUUUCUCCGCAGCCACCAGCCCCCGUGGGGACACAGGUUCUCUCCCUGGAGCCCUUCCUGGUGCAGCCCCUGAAGCUGGCACCUAAUAGCCCUGGGAAGCGGCGACCGUGGUGAGAGAGGGGCGGGGUGGGCCAAGGUCUCCCUUGGCCGGGAGCGCAGCCUUCCUAGACGGGUAGGAGGGAGACGAGCGAAUUUGACUAGAGAAGAGGGCCUCCCCUCGUUUUGUAAACUGCUCAGACAUGCCCGUGGCCCCUGCCCGGCCUGGGAGUCGGCACUAGGUUUGGCGUUUGUCUUGUGGGGCUGCCCAGCUGGGAAGCUGGGCUCCCCACUCUGCUUUGGGCCUGGGGAAAUCUCCUGCCCCGUCAGCAGACGGAACCGGGCCUCCCCUGGAUGGGCCACCUGUGCUUAGUGGUUGAGCUGAAACUUACAGCCAGAUCCUCCCACUGCCCUCCUGCGAUCCCAGCCAUGGCCAGGGGACAGUGGACAGGGGCUGGAGACGGGAGGCAGGGCUGCCGUGGCCUGGGAGACGGCUGUCUGUGAGACAAGGUAAGAGAAGUAGAAGGAGAGAGAAGGGGAUGUAGAUGGAAGAGAGGGAAGGGGCUGGCUAGCCAAUUAGCAAGGGGACGGAGGAGGCAGGUGGGGAGAUGAGAUGACGGAUCCGCCGUCUUGCAGCCUAGGGUGAGGGUCCUCAAAAGGGACGUCCCACCUCUUCCCCUGUGACUGCCCCCCCUGGGGUGGCGGCUGGCCACGGCCGUUGAUUGUUCUGGGAAGCCCAGCCCCCCCUCUCCACACACUGUACACAGCUGUCCCCCCGCUCUUAUUUAUUGCACGAAUCUAAGUUAUUCUCUCCAGCCAGAGCCCUAGCGCCCACUCCCCGGGAAAAGUGGCUGGGCCCUGAGCUGGACUUUAUAUUUUAUAUCUGCAAAUAAAUCACAUUUUAUCUUAUAUUUAGGGAAAGCCGGGUGGCAACAACAACCAAAAAAUGUUUUUAAAAUAAUUGCCCCGGCCUCCAGAAUUUAUUUAUUUUCUGACUUACAGUAAGCGAGUUAUCCGCCUUCUGUAUUUUGUAGACUUUCUGAAUAAAGUCAAGUUCUCUUUUUCCACAGUGAAGAAGUGCAUGUCCUGA